AGGAGUGUUAGGUCUGCUCGGGGCGACCGGCAGGCGCGAGUGGAAAGCGAGGAAGCUCGGUCAGCACGCAGGAUUUCGGAUCCGAUUUCAAUUUUGGGAUUUCGGUUGAUUCUUCGGUGGAUCGGGGCGGAGGAGAGCGCAGUGCGGGAGGAAUUGGAGUCGGAUCGAGCGCUGGGCAUCGAUCGCCAUGGCGCCCAAGAGUCCGGAGCCGGAGAAGAAGGAGGGCGGAAAGAAGGGGGAGAAGAAGCCCAUGAAGGGAAGGCCGAAAGCCGAGAAGAAGCCGGCUUCGGCCAGUGGCAAGGAGUCGAAGGACUCGAAAAAGAAGAAAGUGAAGAAGGGGACGGAGACUUACAAGAUCUACAUCUACAAGGUGUUGAAGCAGGUCCAUCAUGAGAUGGGAAUUUCGUCCAAGGCUAUGGGAAUUAUGAAUUCCUUCAUCAACGACAUCUUCGAGAAGCUGGCUCAGGAAGCUGCCAGACUAGCGCGCUAUAAUAAGAAGCCCACCAUCACCUCACGUGAGAUCCAAACAGCGGUAAGGCUGAUUCUACCCGGAGAGCUGGCGAAGCAUGCCGUUUCUGAAGGUACCAAGGCUGUCACCAAAUUUACGAGCGCGUGAGUGCACAGCGUGUCCUUGUCACAAAACUGCAGUGUAGACCAUUUCUCGUGCUGAUUGCCAGCUUACUCGAUCGGAUCCAACUUGGUGACCUGCUAGGAGCUCGAGCCUGGACCCUUCACUCAUUGGGGUACGUUUCACCUCUAGAGGUUUCUUUCACCGAUUCAACAUUUUGUACAUAGUUGAGUGUUGAACGUGGGCUUGAAGUCAAAUUAACGCUUCUAGAUCGUCACGGAGUCUGGCUGGCCAAAUAAUGAAUAUAGAAAGGCCGGCUGUGCCAAACCCUUUUGCGAAGCAGAGCGGUAUAGAAAGUAGACAUUUUACUCUCUCAUCCCAGUUGUGGAUAAGAGUUUGUAUCAGAUAUCCGAGCAAGUAAUUAUCAUUUCCUCAGAUCUUUCUCAUCACGGUAGUUGAACCAAUGUGAAUUGGCGCCUGAAAUCAGCGUUUAGUUUGCUGAAACUCCCACGAAUGCAUUACUGUCAAAUGCGGCUCUUGGAAUGGGCGAGCAAUGUUCGGUGCUCAUACACAUAGACUCGAUAGUGUUUGUAUUUUCCUUCGAGCGAUGUCUACGCGAACAUUCUACAAUCGCCACGUCGCCUCGAGAGAAGAUAGUCCUUCAUUUGGAGAAUCAGAUCGUGUGCACAAUUGCACUUUUAGAUUAGGCCGAAGAAUUUAGAAGUCUCUUCGAGCAUUGAAUUCGAGUAGAGGUUGGAAUUUCUCCAGUACAUUUAUACCUGUAAGCGUCGAUCUCGGGGACAUUACGACCAAUUCCGGAAUUCUCAGUUUUGGGAGAAAAUCAAUAAAUCGCCACGUGCCUGUUCGUC